UUAUUUUUCUCACCUUGAAGCUUAUUGUCACAAGAACACGACCAUUGCUUGUAGGUAUGGAUAAUCAGCUUCCACAUCUAAAUCAUGGAAGAGUUUCCUUUGCACUUGACUAUCCAAUGCAUUCUCUUAAGGGAUUGGAGAUAAUGACAAUACCAUCCUCGUCACAAGCAACACAGAAGGUGAAGCAUUCGAAAAAGGGGAAGUCAUUGCAUGGGAUUGAUUUCGCAGAACUCCCCACUUCAGAUCCCGACGGUUUAAACACGUUGGGAGAGCCUUCAUUUGAUUUUCUUCAACUCCUUCCACUGAGUCUCUCAGAUUCGACUAUUUUGCAGGAUCAACUGGCAAAAUUCAAAGAGGAGCAUCAACCAAGAGAGCAAGAGGAGGAGCAGGAUAGUAAUGACGUUGAUAGCAGAGAAAUGGUUGAUGGGGAGACAGCAAAUCUUAGGGAAGCCACAAUCAGCCGUGUCGGUAGAGACCAUUACUUGUGGCUUGACAAUAUAAGGAAUUGGUUAUCGACACAAGGGUAUCUGCGCUCCUUGUUUGAAAGGAAUGGUCAUCAACCAGAAAGCCGGAUAAGAAUGCAUUUCAUGAAAGAAUGGCUGAGAGGGUCUUCUAUAAGCACAUUGGUGAAAGAAUACAAGCAGAAGAGGAAGGACCAACUUAGGAUUCGGAGAGCCCAAGCUCAUGCCGCACUCUCAGUAGCCGAAGUCGCUGCUGCCAUUGCGGGCUUUGCUGCAAAUAGUGGAAACAGCUGGGACCCAGCUUUGGCUUCCGCAGCUUCACUAGUGGCUGCAGUAUGUGCAAAGGCUGCGGAGUCCAUGGGUGCUGAUAGAACCCAUGUCUCUCUGAUCAUUGACUCCGCUGUUGGUAGCAAUUCAACAAGCAACAUCCUCUCCCUCACCGAUUCAGCACCAACAUGCUCAAGAUGUGCAGCGAUGAGAAGAUAUAAAGCUCAGACCAAACUUGGAGACUCUAUAUACCAAAAUGCACCUCUAUGUACACCUCAAGCAGGCACAGAUAAUACAGAAACACAUGAGUAUUGCAGUUCGAUGACUGAUGAAGCAGCACUUAGUAAAGGUGCCGAUCUCCUUGUAAAAGGUGGAAAGAAAGCACUACCAAGAAAAGUCAGUAUCACAUUCAAGCAAGAGCGGGUUGUCCUCAAGUUGGCAAAGAAAUGCUUCGGUGGAGCCUUUACAACAUCAAAACAAUAUCAUAUCAAAGACGUUCCUCACCAACUAGAAGAGGGGAGCUUCUAUUUGUUGAAGCUAGAAACUGCAGAUGGUGGCACUAUUUGUAUUUUUUUCAGUGAUAAAAGACAACGAGAUACAUGGGGAACCACAAUCACGUAUCUUCUAAUCAACAAGGAUCGUCAGUGACACCAGGACGCAAGUCACACUUUCUAACAUAUUGUACCUUAUCCAGUUACAUGUCUGAUGCUUAUUCGAUAAGCACAUCUAAAUUUUUGAGAAGAUACAUGUCAAUUGGGAUGAGUCGUGUAGCUGGAGGCCAUGGACGAGUGCAUGUCAAUAUUUUGCAUACAUGAAAAGCCAGAGCCAGCACCUUCAACGGACAUGCUGCCCAUCCUUGUGGUUCUGUCUUUGUGCGCACCAAGCUAGUACUGUUUUGUGAUUAAGCAAAAUUUAGAUGUGCAUGCCGCCCUUUUUGAACUAUUGGGCAGAGUGCAUAGUUUCAUACAUGUGUUUGUGAGAAUGAUUCUAUACAUGCACUUAUAAUCAGUUGUACAUGUG